CCUGGCUCUGCUGCGCACCGCCGACUGGAGGCAGAGUGCAGCUACUCCGCAGAGAACAGGGAGCCCCGGUGCCGAGGCUGUCUGCAUUUAUUUCACUCACAUUUUAAAGACCGAUUUCUACGACCUUGAUUAACUCCACGUUCGAAAGAUUCCCGAGGAAAGUGCGAAGACGAGCCGAAAAAGAAUCCGAGGGUGUCGUGCGCACUGCUGCAUCCAUCCUCUCCAUCUCUUUCUCGUCUCUCCUCCUUCUCAGCCUCUUUUUCUUUCUUUUUUUUCUACAAGACUCUUCCAUCGUGCGUAAACCCAGUGGCUGUUCGUUCACUGUCCUCCUUCUUCAGUCGGAGUUUGAACCACGUUUCUGAGCUGCUGGAAGUGUACAACCAGAGAGCUGGCCGGACUCUGCCGCUUUCCUCCUCCCGACACAAGUGGACCAGAGACUGGAGCUCGCGCGCAAUCAGAAGGACUGGAAAUUAUUUAGCCCUCUCACAUCAACGAACCGUAUGGUGGGAAUUUCUGCCUCUUUUCAGUAUCGCACUGGGAAGCGCUCCACCAUGCCCGACUCACCUGCGGACGUCAAGACACAGUCCAGGUUGACCCCCCCUACCAUGCCGCCCCCACCCAGCACGCAGGGAGCACCACGCAACAGCUCCUACACCCCCACCACUUUAACGAAUGGCAGUAGCCACUCUCCGACGGCGCUCAACGGCGCUCCGUCUCCUCCCAACGGCUACAGCAACGGCCCCAGCUCCUCCUCCUCAUCCUCACUGGCCAACCAGCAGCUGCCGCCGGCCUGUGGCGCCCGGCAGCUCAGCAAGCUCAAGCGCUUUCUCACCACUCUACAGCAGUUUGGCAACGACAUCUCACCUGAGAUCGGCGAGCGGGUCCGCACAUUAGUGCUGGGACUAGUGAAUUCCACGCUAACCAUAGAAGAAUUUCACUCCAAGCUCCAAGAAGCCACCAACUUCCCCCUGCGACCUUUUGUCAUCCCCUUUCUGAAGGCCAACCUUCCGCUUCUUCAGCGAGAGCUGCUGCACUGUGCCAGGCUGGCCAAGCAGAACCCAGCUCAGUACCUGGCCCAGCAUGAGCAGCUGCUCCUGGACACCAGCACCACCUCCCCAGUCGACUCGUCUGAGCUCCUGCUGGACGUCAACGAGAACGGCAAGAGAAGGACACCAGACAGAACCAAAGAAAAUGGCUUCGAGCGAGACGGCACCCUGCACCCAGACGUUCACCCCAGCAAACGGCCCUGCACCAUAAGCCCCGCCCAGCGCUUCAGCCCGUCCAAUGGUCUCUCCUAUCAACCCAACGGCCUGCCACACCCAGGCCCGCUCCCGCCGCAGCACUACAGGCUGGACGACAUGGCCAUCGCCCACCACUACAGAGACAACUACAGACACUCCGCCUCCAAUCACCGGGAGGUCAGGGAGAGGGCCAGGUCCAUCGGUAUGCAUGCAGGGACCAGGCAGGAGGAAGUGAUUGACCAUCGGUUGACGGACAGAGAGUGGGCUGAGGAGUGGAAGCACCUUGACCAUGUAAGAAAACUGCUGAACUGCAUCAUGGACAUGGUGGAGAAAACGAGGCGCUCGCUGACUGUACUGCGGCGGUGCCAGGAAGCCGACCGCGAGGAGCUCAACUACUGGAUCCGACGAUACAGUGACGCCGAGGAGCUGAAGAAGGGCGCUGCUGCUAGUGGGCAGUCGAGGCAGCAGAGCCCCGCGGCACAGGAAAAUGCAACACAACCAGAAAUUCACAGGGAGCUGAUGCACCGGCCUGUGUCUGGCUAUGUCCCCGAAGAGAUCUGGAAGAAAGCUGGUGCGGGAGGCUUGACUUCCUCUGUAUCCACACUCUUUCCAGAAGAGGCAGUGAAUGAGGUAAAGCGACAGGCCAUGUCCGAGCUGCAGAAGGCCGUGUCGGAGGCCGAGCGCAAGGCCCACGAGAUGAUCAGCACCGAGCGGGCCAAGAUGGAGCGCACGGUGGCUGAGGCCAAGCGGCAGGCGGCCGAGGACGCGCUCUCCCUAAUCAACCAACAGGAGGACUCCAGUGAGAGCUGCUGGAACUGUGGCCGUAAGGCCAGCGAGACAUGCAGCGGCUGCAACACAGCGCGCUACUGUGGCUCCUUCUGCCAGCAUAAGGACUGGGAGAAGCACCACCACGUCUGUGGACAGACCCUGCAGGCUCAGCAGCAGCAGCAGCAGCAGCAGCAGCAACAGCAGCAGCAGCAGCAGCAGGCCAGUCAGCAGCAGGGGGGCAUCCCGGGGUCAGACAACCCUGCUCCCAUCAACUCAUCAGCCUGCACGCCCAGCAGCGGGACAGGGAGUCCGGCUGCUACCCCGCCUGCUGCGACCCCUCGCUCCUCCACUCCCAGCACCCCGUCCUCCUCCUCCGCCCUGGAUGGCACACCACGUUAAGAGACUCGAAACCGAGGAGCGAGGCGAAGGCCCAGGAGGGCUAACAGCCAGCUCUCACCCCCACAAACAGCAUGACUGUCUACACUGCCUUGCAAAGAUGCUAAGCUACCGUGGCUCACUGCUUCUGUCUAUCGUGCAGCGUAGUCAUAGGAGGAGGUCCAUAAUCAGGUCAUAUUGACUUGUCACGUCUUUAAAGAAACACAAAGAUAUUCUUUGUUUUGAAUGAAUGAAUUUAAAUAUUGACAUCCUUUUCUCUUUACACUUGCUAUUCUCGUCGUCUGUUUGUCAUUGUGCCCGUUGUUGUUGUUGCCGUUGCCGUCAUUGUAGCUUGUCUUAUUUUCUCCUGUAUAUACGAGACUGAGACUGAGCAGAGAUAGCCGUGAACUCUAAACAAGUAUAUCUGACCUCCCUCUCUUUUUGUUGUUGUUUUUGUUUUUUGUUUCGUUUUCUUCCAUCCUUGAAUUAACUCUUAUUUACUUUAUGUCCCCGGGACACGAGAUCUGUCAACCUCAACAAGGCAUUUUACCAAGCAACAUACCAAGGGAAUACAACUCGCUGGCGGAAUGUCGUUCGGCUUUCUUUGAAAUUCGAUUUAAAAACUGACAGAAACACUGAUGAAUGGAUACAUAAACAAAAUUGCUGCCUGGAGAAGGGAGAGGGAUGAAGUGAGUCUCUGGUCCACAGACUGCCGUGAAAUGGGCAGAUGUGCGGCAGAUUGCAAGCAGAGCAAGCUGUUCAACCAAUGUUAUUUCCCUCUCACUUGUAAUAAUAUCCAGGUCAGUGGGCUGGGAAAUACAAGUCCGUCUCCCUGAAGGAUGUAAGAGGAUACAAAACUUUGCCCACUGCACAUGUGGAGGGUGUACUGACUACAAUUCACAUGGGCCACAGGCGCUCUCUCUAACAGGAAGUGAAGUCAUCGUCCGCUCCCCGCUGAGACUGUCCCCUCGCAGGCAGCACACUGGGACACACUCCCCCCCAACUGUCUCGACCCUGAGAGACAUUUUCAUCUCUCUUCAUGUUCUUUUUGUAUCGGUGUCAUGGUGUUUAAGGCUUCUGUCCUGUGGUGUCAUCAAUGGUUAUUUAUUGUAUGUGUUGGACAGCUGUGACGACGCAUAGUGCUUCAACCAGUCACAGUCCUUCAUAACUCUCUCUCUCUCUCUCUCUCUAGCUGGAGCAAAAAGAGAUAAAAAAAAGAAAAGAAGAAGUGUUAUCUUCCCCCCUCCCAAGCUGCUUUUCUAUUCUGUGUGUCAGUGGUAGAUCCCUCGUAGUCACAAUAAGUUUUACUUCCCGUUGUCCUCAAGAAAAAGACAGAAGCUAUAUCUCAGAGCUGCUACUUGAGUCCGACCUUGAUCUUUUCUGAGAACUAGCAUGUUGCGCGGAAUGCUUAUCUAAAUGUUUUGUACACGGGACAUACAUUAAUGUAUUUGCACUGUCACAGAGGUUAUUUCGGCAUGCUUCUUUUCAGCAUACUUGUGUUGUCGGUAUAGAGCCAUACUUCUUCUGCCAUUUUGUAUGUAGUGGUAGCAUAAUCCGGUUUUACUUUACUUUUUUGGGGGGGCGGAUGUAAAAUCACUAAACCCACUUUUUAUUUUAUUAUUAUUAUUAUUGUUACUCUCACCUUGCUAAGAAAAGCAGCCAUAAAGUUUGUUUUGUUUCUUUAUUUUUUUCCCCUAAUAUUUAAACUUACAGACAGUGCAUGCACAUUACUGAGCGUUUGUUAAAGUGUUUGUUAUUUUUUAGAAAAACUCAAAAGUGACCAAAAAAAAAAAAAAGGCAAAAACAAAACACAAAAAACGUACUCUUAACAAAGGAACUUUCCAAAUACAGAGGUGUAGACUCCGAUUGACAGCUUUAACACUGCAAAGCACCAGGUAACACACACACAGUAGAUUAAAAAACAAAACAACAAAAAACAGCCAAAGACUGACACCAAGGACCAAAAUCCUGAUUUUAAAAAAGUUUCAGUAGAGGUUUGAUUGUGCAUAAAAACAAUUUGGUCAUUUAUUUCUGCCAGACAUCGUUUGCUCAUUCACAGAACAAAUCCACGUCCAGCGUCAUGAAAAUCAUCCUUUAUUAUUCUGGAAAGUGGAAGCACUCAUGUUGCAUUGUGGAGUGAGGAAGGUGUGAAUCGAACACAGCGGUGUUACAUUUUACCUGGAGCAAUAAUAACUAAUGUCACAUGCACACUCGUAACUCCUGUGACCAUUUUUUCCCUCUAUAUCUCGUGUGCAUUUCCUCAUUUCACAGACGUCCGAUUAAAUGUCCAUUUCAGCUUUAAGCAGUUAAUUUCUUUAUUUAUAAAGAGGUGAAUGUGAAGCGGAGCUUUCCCUCCCAACACCAUUUACAGCUGUUUUAUAUUUAUUUAUAUCAGAGUUAUGUCUUCUUCUUUUUUUUUUGGAUAGAUAAUCAUUCACAGCUUUGCUGUAAAUCCUCACACAAACCUCUUAUUCACAGUAAGAGAGCACUUAACCCUGACGCACACAAAGGCUCUUCACCCCAAACACCUUGGUGCUACACAGACGCGCGUUGCAAAUUCUGACCUCAAGGAAUAAGUGGAAGCCCAAAAAGGUUCUGGGCCAUUUUCUCCCUCUGUACUUCCUCAACUCUCCCUUCUUGUCUAACUGAACUACACACCUGCAUUUCUUUUUUUUCUUUUUUUGUUAAACAAUCCAAAAAGGUGUCUAACACCCGACUCACAAUUCCUCAGAAGCUGUGAAGGAACAGCCAAGCUGUUUUUACACUUGUGUAUAUGAAAGUACACAACAAAUAAUGUGUGUUCAUCAUUAUCAGGGCAAAACCUGGGUUUAAAAAAAAAAAAAAAUGAAGACAAAUAUUAUUGCUCGGUGAUUCUUUGAGAAGCUUUUUUUUCUUAGUUUCUUCCCUCCUCUAUGUGUGUUUUGCUACAAAUUCCUCGGUGGCAAACAAGUCUCACUCUACCUCUUACAGCACGAAAAGAGCGUCAGUCAUGCACUGAUACUGGUCUAGUUGAAACCAAAUGGGCACAAGAAAAACAGGAAAAUAAACCCAAAGUUGAAGCUCAUACAGCUGCAAAACCAUAUCACUACUUGGUAACAAUGCAGACCUCAUAAAUAAAUGAAACAUAAAUGAAUAGAAAUGAGAAAAAAAACAAAAACGGGGGGAAACAAACUUGUUACGUUCCUUUAUGCCUGUGGCAUUUCUAGAUUACAUCAAAAGUGUUUGAACAGAUUUUUGUUUCUAAAGUGCUAAUUUUAAAGAAAGGUGUUGUUGAAUCCUAUUACAAUGGCACAAACUAAAGUUACAGAAGUGUUUCUCUCGCUCUCACUCUUUUUCUCCCCUGUGUCCCCUCCAUUUCUCCUUUUCUCUUCUCUGUUGUAAAGACAUGCUAAAGUGCUUGUCGACCUGUCAGCUGAGGUAAAUUCAAAAGGGGGAUAUUAAAAAAAAAGGAAAAACUGCUAAAAAAAAAAAAAAAAAGGACAAAAAACAAACAAAAAAGACUAAGGCUAUGAAUUUAGGCAUGCCUGUUUUUCACAAUGGGAGGAAAUGUUAUUUAAAUUUCUUACUCAACAGGAAACAUCGGGGACAUAAUAAUGUGGGGCCAACAGUGAAAUGGCCGUAGCAUUAAUCUGGGGAGUGAGUUGAAGUUAAUGGGUGGGAGGGUUGUUUUUUUUUGUUUCUGUUUUGCAUUCUCUUAAGAAAAUUUAUUGUGGAAAAAAAGAGUUCAAAUGAUUUGAAGUUGUUGUGCAAUACUUAAUUGAGACAUGUAAACCACAGGUUAGUGGUAGGCUGACACUGAGCGGUCUUUCCAUCGCUUAGGGUCAGUGUCCUCUAGAGAGCUUUCCAGUCUACUAUGUCAGAACUGUGGUUUCUUGUUGAUUUUUUUUUUCUUUUAGUUUCUUUUUUUUAUUCUUUUUGGGCUGUAAACUAUGGUCUGUCAGUCUGUGAAAAUUUGCAGUAUAAUUCUGGUAUUGUUGUUAUCUUUACGGUGUAAUAAAUAUGUUAAUACCUGA